GCUCCCAGCCGCGGCACGGCCGAAAGAAGAAGAGCAAGCCGGCACCGGCACGGAAGAGAAAAGAUUUCGCUGCGCGUGUCCUGACCCGGCUGGAGAAGGAUAAAAGUGCAUUCUUCACCAUCACGCUGAUUUCUUCAGAAAAGGUUGCCAACCUUAAACCCAUGCCGGAGGAUGUGGCCGAGCAGCAAAGCGGCAAUGUGAUGGAGAGUCGGGAUUCAAUUCUUGCGUACUUUCGUAAGAAUCAUCUCGAGUUUACAACUUUGCGGCACGCGCAGUACGCUACACUGUGCAUGCUCGUCGAGCUGCAAAGCCAGUCAAUGUAAUCGGCUACCGCUGCAAUACCUGCAUGGCUGAAAUUAUUGGAAGUCGUUUCCAUUGCCCAGUGUGUGACGAUAUUCACCAGUCCACACUUCAAGAUCAAGUCAGCGUACCGACCGGUAUGCCAUACUUUGAGGGUAAUUACUGGCCUAAAGUGUUUGAGAAGAUCGCCCAGGAGGAAAAAGCGGAGAAGAUCGCAGCUGAGGCCGAGAAGAAUGGCAAGAAGGGAUGCUCCCAGCCGCAGCACGGCCGAAAGAAGAAGAGCAAGCCGGCACCGGCACGGAAGAGAAAAGAUUUCGCUGCGCGUGUCCUGACCCGGCUGGAGAAGGAUAAAAGUGCAUUCUUCACCAUCACGCUGAUUUCUUCAGAAAAGGUUGCCAACCUUAAACCCAUGCAGGAGGAUGUGGCCGAGCAGCAAAGCGGCAAUGUGAUGGAGAGUCGGGAUUCAAUUCUUGCGUACUUUCGUAAGAAUCAUCUCGAGUUUACAACUUUGCGGCACGCGCAGUACGCUACACUGUGCAUGCUCAUCGAGCUGCAAAGCCAGUCAAUGUAAUCGGCUACCGCUGCAAUACCUGCAUGGCUGAAAUUAUUGGAAGUCGUUUCCAUUGCCCAGUGUGUGACGAUUAUGACAAGUGUGCUAAGUGCCAUCAGGAACGCGGCCAUUAUCACCCGAUGGAGCAACAUGGUCGGCGGUGAUUAAAGCUUUGAAGCCAAUGAAGGCACCUGUAGUGUUCACGUGUACCUACGCACUGUGGCAUUCCUUGGCCACUCCAGACAUUCCGCCCCCUGGACCUUUUCCAAUUUAUGUCUCCCUCUACGAUGCCGCCAUGCGCUGGCCCGCCUGGACAUGGAGUUUCAAACUUUAUCUUGCUGCGUCCAAAAUUAGCGAUGACGACCAACAGCGUGGGCUACUCCAGUACCUGGGAGGAGACGACAUCCAGCAACUCGUGCCCACUCUCAGCAACACAGGGGCAACAUUCGACGACCUCGCCAAAGCGUUGCAGGACGAGUUCGAUAAACACCAAAACAAAACGCUCCUCAGGUACAAUUUCCGUCAGCUUCAUCAACAGCCGAACGAGACUAUGGAGGGUUUCUGUUGUCGUUUGGACGACCACGUGAAACGCAGCGGCUUCCCGGUUUCGGCCGCGGAGAAAUUGGCUGUCUUGGACCAGCUGAUCAUCGGCUGCAAGUUCAACGACCUUCGGCGAAAACUGCUGGAAAUCGAUGGCCUCGACUCCCACAAAGCUCUGAAAGCAGCCCGCGCGUAUGAGGCCAGCAUCACCCAUGUACUCGCCAUCAAGGACACCUCUCUGGGCUCUUCAGUGGCUUCACAUCAAGACGCCCACGUCGCUUCCCUGGCAUCAGCAGCGCCCCAGCCUGCCCAUGUGGAUGCCCUCUCAGGGUCACAGUGCCACGCCUACGCAGCUGCACGCCAGCCCUAAGCCCAGUGUCCACAGUCUACCUCAUCCGGUCUGACCUGCUACAGGUGUGGAAAGCCAGGCCAUGCCACAUGUGACGCUGCCAAGGGCCAGUUCUGUAGCCGCUGUGGCAAGCCAAACCAUUUCGCUGCGGCAUGCUGCGCAUCGGACUCCGCCAUCCAGGCCCUCACGUUCAGGGAACGCCGUCCCCACCAACACUCUGACCAGCACGCUGUCAACAGCGGCCACCAUGCUAUUCAUGCUUUAGAGAUUGGCGCAGAGCUGUUUUCUACCGACUCUCCGCCUCGCAUAUGUACGGCACCCUGCCGUGAGGAUGCCCGGCGCACCGUGUACGUCAACGGCAUACCCUGACUGUCUUGGUGGAUAGUGGUGCCAGUCACAAUAUCGUCAAUACUGAUGACCUGGCAAAAGUUGCCCCUGGUGCAGCACUUCAGCAAACGGAUGUGCAAAUCUUUGCUUACGGCUCAACUUCACUUCUUCCUCUUCUGUGUAGCAUCACCCUCUGUGUUUCCUCCGCUACCAUGAGUUCGACGGCAACAUUCCUCAUUGUCGCACACGCGCCACGUACCACUGCUAUCGUUGGCCGCGAGACGGCUAUGCGUUUUGGCCUCAUCCAGCUGGUCCACAGCGUCGAAAGUCUGCAAAUGCCAGACGACCUUGCUGAGUACCACGACCGCUUCCAGGGCCUCGGCUGCAUCAACGACGUAGAAGCCCAUAUCUACGUAGAUGGCAACGCCCGCCCUGUCGCUCACGCACCAUCCAAAGUGGCUGUCCACUUCCAGGAGGACGCAAUCGCUGAGCUCCAUGAGCAGCUCGCAACCUAGUCCACGAUGAGCGCCUGCACGCCUGCCUGCAACGCCUACGUGUCCACAAUGUUACCCUCAACCAGGCGAAGUGCCAGUUUCGCCAAACCCGCCUGGCCUUCAUGUCGACUAUCUACAGUCGCCGGGGCACUCAGGCCGCACCACACCACAAUUAGAGCAUUGCUGUUUUCGCCACACCCAAGUCACCAUCCGAUAUCAAGAGUUUCCUGGGUUUGGCGACAUUCAUGCGCCAUUACAUCCCCGACAUGGCCACCAAGACGGCACCCCUGCGGAAACUCCUUGGCAAGGGUCAGCAGUGGGAUUGGUCACCCGAGGCUCAGGCACCAUUCAAUGCCAUCAAAGCCGACAUGGCAGCUGAUCGGGCCCUCGCCUACUUCGACCGUACCUAACACACUCACCUUUACGUUAACGCCUCACCCGUUGGCCUUGGCGCCAUCCUCUGCCAGUCUCCUGAAGCGGUCGUCCAGGAUCACUCCGAGCUGAAACCAGUCGCAUUCGCAAGCCGCAGCCUGACCCCACUGAGCAGCGUUAUUCGCAAACGGAACGCGAAGCCCUCGGUGUGAAGUAGGGCUGCUUGCGCUUCUCCCAUUUCCUCAGCGGCGACCCCGGCUUCACGGUCCACACUGACCACAAGCUCCUUCUACAGCUGCUUCACCCGUCUUCACGACCUCCACCCCGCAUUAAAGGGAUGGCUCUCAAGGUCCAAGACCUCCACUUCAAGCUGGUGUAUUUAACCUGGCCCUACCAACCCAGCAGACGUUUUGAGUCGUCACCCUCAGCCACAUCCUCCCCUGCCGAAUGUUGGUGAGGAGGAGGACACCGCCUAUAUCAAUGCCAUCGCGCAGUCCUCUGUUCCCAACGCCCUCCUCUUGUCCGACAUCCAAGGCGCAACUCGAGCAGACUCAACGCUCCAGGCCGUGCUGCUGUCACUGCAGACGGGCAUGUGGGACGACAAGGCAGUGGACAUCCGCCCUUUCUACACGCAAAGGCAUGAACUCUCCGCUGCCGACGGUCCCCUGCUCAAGGACCAUCGUCUGGUGAUUCCACUGUCUCUCCGAGAGCGGACACUUCAGCUGGCCCACUCCGGCCACCAAGGCAUGACACGGACCAAGCAAGGACUGCACACGAAAGUCUGGUGGCCUGGCAUGACGUCAAUCUCUCUGCUGCCAAUGCCUCUCCUGUCAGGCAAACACGCCAACAGGCCCAUACAGGCCGGAAUCCACACUGACCCCACCAUCGACGGUGCCAUGGCAACGGGUGUUUGUCGACCUGUAUGGCCCCUUGCCAGGUUGAAGCACACUCUUGGUUGCGGUGGACCAACUGAGUCGCUACCCAGUCACUCACGUGUUCAACUCCACUCCUGCUACAGCUGGCGUCCUUGCAGUGCUCCGCAUUGCGUUCGCAGCAUUCGACCUGCCAGAACAAGUGGUCUCUGACAACGGCCCCCAGUUCCGCUCGGCGGAGUUCAACCGUUUCCUGGCCCAGAUGGGCAUUGCUCACCGCUGCACGCCUCCUCUCUGACCCCAAUCCAAAGCUGCAGUGGAGCAGAUGAACUGCACGAUCGGCAAGGUCCUCCGUGCUGCCCAACUGGAUGGCCGAGAUUUGCAUGCUGUAAUUGAUGAGUGGCUACUCGCAUAUCGCGCCACUCCCUACCCCGCCACAGGCCUGCCGCCAGCUACCAUCAUGUUCAUCCGCAGCAUCCGGGACACUCUCCCCAGCCUGUGCACGGCCCCAGCACCAGAUGCGACCGUCACGGCGAACAAGGAGCAUGCGUUCCGCGCCCGCCAAUGCGAGGCGGCGAACCACCAUCGCAGUGCGCAACCGGCUUCGACCAUCACCCUCAAGCCGGGUCAACAAGUUCUGCACAAGAACGAGCGGCAGCACAACAAGCUCGACUUAAUCUGGGAUAAAAAAACACAUGGACUGUGGACGAGAUGACGGGUCUGUUGUUGUGUGCCUGUAUUACUAUGAUGUCAAGCAGAAGAAUUGCAAGAAGGGAUGCUCCCAGCCGCAGUACGGCCGAAAGAAGAAGAGCAAGCCGGCACCGGCACGGUAGAGAAAGGAUUUCGCUGCGCGUGUCCUCACAAAGCUGGAGAAGGCUAAAAAUCACUGCCGCGCAAUGCUCUGGCUACAUACCUUGAGGAGAGAAUCAACGCUUACCUUACAACUGCUGACACUAACCGUGAAGCUGGCCACGUUCACAUCCGUGUGCUCUCCAGCAGCAAGCAGACAGUGAAGGUCAAAGAUGCCAC